AUGGUGUAUGGAUGCGGCAAUUCGUGCAUCAAGCUUCUAUUCUUCAUCGUCAAUCUUCUUAUUUGCAUCUUCGGUGCAUUAGUUUGCGGAUUCUCGCUGUGGGCAAACCUUGACAAGAAUUUUGGAAGCCAUCUUGCCGAUUUCGUGCGACAAAUUGAUGGACAAGAUUAUCACCAUCUUGAUAAAAUCGCCGAGUAUCAAGCAUCGCUUUGGAUUCUCGUUGCCGUUGGUGCUCUUUUGUUCCUUGUUGGAUUCCUUGGAUGUUGCGGAGCAGCUUGCGAGAGCCCAGUUCUUUUGGGAUUGUUCUUCUUCUGCAUCGUCAUUUUGACCGCUGUUGAGCUGGGAGCCACUAUUUUCGCAAUGACUAAUCGCGAACAAUUCGUCACCGCUAUUGAGCAGGUUCUCGAGAAAUCCUCGCAAACUGCCGAUCUUCGCAUGAACAUUAAGCCAAUUCAAGAUGUGUUCCAAUGCUGUGGAGCUACGGACAAGACCCAAUAUCUCUAUAUUCAGGACGGACUUUGUGGAGCGCAACCACUGAAGUAUUCUGACAAUUGCUUUGAUCGCAUUUCUCAUAUGGUUCAAUCUUGGGGAGAAUCAAUCGUUGUCAUCGCAUUCCUUCUUCUUGCCGCUGAACUGUUCUCGUUGCUCUUCUCAUGCAUUUUGUGUCGCGCUUCUCGUGAAAUUCGCUAUUCCGCCUAUUACACCUAA